CUCGUGAAGGCAGUAAGAUCGAACAUAGACAAUACAGUAUCUCUCUCAUGGCUGCAAUCCUUCUCUUUCUCCUCUAUCUCUCAACAUUUUCUACUGCAACAGCUCAAUCAAAAAUUACAAAUAUAACCCUCGGUUCUUCUCUCUCUACCACCACCGACCCUACUUCACUGCUCUCACCUUCCGGCCUAUUCGCUUUCGGCUUCUACCGUGAAGGCACUGGCUUCAGAGUCGGAAUAUGGAUGGAGACAAGCCCAAACAAGACAAUCGUCUGGACUGCAAACCGAGACGAUCCACUUGUUUCCAGCACCAGUACAGUGAUCUUGCUGAACUAUGGUCUCUUUCUACGAACCCCUGGAACCCUAGAUAAGAUAAUUUCCAUCGGAGUCUCAUCUGCUUCCUGCUACUUAGCCUCGAUGCUUGAUUCAGGCAACCUGGUUCUCUACACUUCCGAUUACAAAAUCAUCUGGGAAAGCUUCAAUUCCCCAACUGACACUAUCCUAGGAGGCCAAUCCCUUCUCUCAGAUGAUGUACUGUUCUCAAGCACAUCAGAAACAGAUCACUCGACCGGGCGCUUUCAGCUCAGCAUGCAAUCAGACGCAAACCUGGUGUUGUAUGCGAAAGAAACUGGUCACACAGCUGCCGAUUCAUAUUGGUCAACAGGUACGUUUGGCAAAGGAAAUGACUGGAGAUUGCAACUCUACCAAGAUGGCUUCAUGUUCCUUGUCAAUAGCAGUGACUCCAAUAGAAGUAUCGUGGCAAGAGGUGCCGUGGCCAACAACGGAAUUGUCAUCUACCGUGCAACCAUCGACGUUGAUGGGAUUUUCCGUUUGUAUUCCCACAGCUUCGCAAGGAACGGUAGCUCAACAACGACGACGGAUUGGUCUGCCUUGUCAGAUAAAUGUCAAGUGAAAAAUAUUUGCGGAUUUAACAGUUACUGCACUUUGGUGGGUAACCAAUCCAAUUGCCUUUGUUUGCCUGGUUACAAAUUUAUCGAUCCUGAUCAACGGUUCAAAGGCUGCAGCAGAAACUUCACUGCGGAAGUUUGCACGGGCAAGAAUGAAAAUUUUACAUAUUCCAUUUUUACAAUGAAGAAUAUGUAUUUCGGAGAUUAUUUUUAUUCUAUUUCAUCGAUGGAAACAGACGAGUGCAGAGAAGCUUGUUUUACUGAUUGUAUUUGCGAGGCUGCAAAUUUUCAAGAUGGGACGUGCAAGAAACUUAUGCUUCCGUUGAGGUAUGGGAUAGCAAACAGGUCAAACUCGACUAGCACUUUUGUUAAGGUUGGUAAUGAAAACGCUGCUUCUUUUCCAAAUGCAACGAGGACGGUAGAUGGUGAGAGCCAGAAAGAGCCACGUAUGAACAUUUUAAUCGCAGGUAUAAUUCUUGCCACUUGUUCAGUUGCCAUGUUUGUUUUUUCGGGUUUUCUUAUCUACAGGAAUCGAGCACAAAGCUAUAGGAAGAUGACAGAAAAUAACAAUUUGGGCUUGUCUGAGGAGCCUCUUCUGCGAUCAUUUUCUUACGAUGAGCUCGUAGAAGCAACUGACAAUUUCAAGGAAGAGUUGGGAAAGGGUGCUUUUGGAACAGUUUAUAAAGGGACCUUAUACAACAGCAACAGAAUGGUUGCUGUAAAGCGACUUGAGAAAAUGGUUGAAGAAGGAGAAAGGGAGUUCCGUACUGAGACGAAGGCAAUAGGGAGAACUCAUCAUAGGAACUUGGUGCGAUUGCUUGGGUUUUGCGAUGAGGGUUCUGCCAGGCUUCUGGUUUACGACUACAUGAGCAACGGAUCGCUUGCAAACCUUCUAUUCAAGGCCCAAAGAAGACUUGAUUGGCAAGAAAGGGUGAGAAUUGCACUAGAUGUCGCCAGAGGAAUCUCCUAUCUACAUGAAGACUGCGAGCCCCAUAUCAUCCACUGUGAUAUAAAGCCUCAAAACAUACUCAUGGAUGGCUUUUGGACUGCAAAGAUAUCCGAUUUCGGGUUGGCAAAGCUGCUUAUGCCAGAUCAAACAAGAACAUUUACUGGGGUGAGAGGGACGAGAGGGUACUUGGCACCUGAAUGGCAGAAGAACACACCGAUAUCAGUGAAGACAGAUGUUUAUAGCUACGGGAUCAUGUUAUUGGAAAUUAUAUGUUGCAGGAGGAACGUUGAGUUAGAGGUUGCAGAUAAUGAGAUUCUUCUCACUGAAUGGGUUUAUAGCUGCUUCGUGGCUGGAGAGUUGCAUAAGCUUUUGGGCGGAGAAGAAGUGGAGGGGAAUAUUUUGGAUAGGAUGGUAAAGGUGGGAUUGUGGUGUAUACAAGAUGAAACGGCUCUUCGUCCUUCCAUGAAGAAUGUGAUUUGGAUGAUCGAAGGGAAAAUGAAUAUACCCAUUCCCCCAUCUCCGACCUCAUCAAGGAACAUUUCUGAAUGCGCACGCUUUCUUUAAAUGCGUUGGUGUGAAUAUGCUCGCUUCGCCUGUUUGAUUUCCUGAAGUAAAU